GCCGUUUGUAUUGAAUGUCAAACUAAAAUAUGGUAGGCGCUAGACUUCAAUUCUUUGAGGGGAAAAAAGAAACUUUUGGUUUCUCCUUGAAAUUCCUCGAGAGAACACACAAAUUAUAGAUUUUCUGGUGAAAUUUGGGAAGACCCAAUUCAUCUACAGAUCGUUAAUUUAGUAGAAGAAAAUAGUAGAGAUUUAAUUUUUUUUGCGAUGAGUUCACGAGGGCUGCUGCCAUUGAUGAAUCUUGUUAGACUUAAUGGAGUUCCAAUUCUGCAGCAGUUGCAAUUGGAGGAGCGGUUACUAAGGACCUCAUCUCAUAACUGGUGUAUCGUGAAUGAUGGAACCAAUGAACCCACCAUUGUCAUGGGGAUUUCAGGAUAUCGUGUAGACCAUAUAUUGGUUGGUGCUAAGCGAAAACCAGCUGAACUUCUUGAAAUUGGUCCUGUUUUACAAGACAAGGUUCCAGUAGUUAAGAGGUUUUCUGGAGGGGGCACUGUAAUUGUCGAUCACCGGACAGUUUUCAUCACUUUCAUAUGCAACACAGAUGCUCUCCCUAGUGUACAGCCAUAUCCUAGACCCAUCAUGUCAUGGAGUGGCCAGCUGUAUAGCAAAGUGUUUCAAGGAGUUGGGGAUUUCUCUCUUCGUGAAAAUGACUAUGUUUUUGGUAACCGCAAGUUUGGUGGAAAUGCUCAAUCUAUCACAAAAAGGCGUUGGGUCCAUCAUACGUCUUUUUUGUGGGAUUAUGAGAUGAUGAACAUGGGUUAUCUCAAACUUCCAAAACGAGCUCCUGAAUAUCGACAGGCAAGAGACCAUUCGGACUUUAUUUGCCGCAUGAAGGACUAUAUAUCUCGACAAGAAUUCAUCAAUAGAACCAUUUCUGCACUUGGCAGCCAGUUUAGCGUAACUCCUCUGGAGCUUGUAUCAUCUGACUGUCCUGAUGACACGAAAUUUGUGCCCUCCACUAGACUACUAGGAAAACAAGAACUGGAGGAAUGUUUUGAGUCUGAAGCUGGGAGUGUCAUACUUCAGUCACUGUAACUGCUACAGGAUCUUUGCUUGAUGGUGCUACUGUAUGCCAAUGUACGUACCAUAAUUGAUUAUUCACUCGAGGAAUACUUUCCCAACUCAUUCAUGUUGCUACUUUGCUCAGACGAAAAUACUGAGAAGGCGUGCUACCCUUUUUGCCAUUGUGCUAAGCAGUGGGCAUUGUUUGUCAGCACGUCGAUUGAGUGCUUACGCUAAUCAUUCUCUGGACAAAUAACCAUCUCUCUCCCCUUCAUUUGGUUCUGUGGUUUUAGCUAGUAGAGGUGUUGGUGGCAAAUUUACACAGUGCCUCUUGAUUAUACUCUUUAAGUUUUGCCUUUUCCAUAAUCAUAGGUAUUAAGAGUAUGUUAACAAGCACAUUCAAAAGGCAUGUCCAAUGUAACAAUAACAUUAUGUGUCAUAUGAGUUUUCUCUUGACUAGACCACCUUGAUUAUCUAGUGGAAUAAGGAUGCAAUUGUACCUUUA